AUGGAGGAGACGCUAUACAUGUGUGGCCUGCCACCAAAGUCAGGUGAGGCCAAAUUCUGGGCUACGUCGCUGGAAGCCUUGGUCGAGGGUUCCAUGGCGGCGCAUCGCACCCGCAACAUCCAGCCGCUGACCUCCGACCUACCCUGCUCAGGGGCACCUAAGCAACCGUACACCGUCCGAGCAGUACACCCGGUGGACGGAUCGAGCUUCGUGUCAUGCCACGACCAUAACUAUCCGUACACUGUCUACAUGUGCCAUAACACGGCCUCGACGAGGGCGUACAUGGUUGAGAUGGAGGGUGCCCGUAGUGGCCUUGUCGUCACUGUUGCUGCUAUUUGUCACACUGACACGUCCCACUGGGACGCGGAACAUUUCUCCUUCAAGGUCCUCGGCACCAAGCCUGGUGGCGCACCAAUCUGCCACUAUCUGCCGUAUGGGCACAACGUUUGGGUCAACAUGGAGGCAAAUCGCUCGUCAUCCUAA